AUGCCGCCUCCAUCUGGCCCAAGCCCAUUCUCCAACCCAGUCUCCACCACCACCGAGCUUUGGCAGCGACUCGAAGCACGGCGACCCCUUCCACUCCAAUUCGUCCUCAGUCUAUCACGUCGACCCAACGCCUCGCUCUGUCCGUGCCUGCAAGUUGAUCUCCAGUCCACCACCCUGUCAGGUCGCUACUUCACCGUCACUCGCAUCCUCGACCCAGAGCACCGCGUACCCUACGUCUCUCUCACUCCUCUUCUCCUCGCUUCUGGCCUAUCUCUCAUCGAAGGUUUACUCCGAUUCAGCAUUCCCCUAACCUCCUACGAUCUUUCUUUAGCAGGCUUAGAACCAUUCGAUGAUUUUUGGAUCUCGCUUCCGCUUGCUCGAUCGAUAGCUACCGAACUAGACCUUCUACCGAGUCUCGCUGCGACGUUGGAUCCAAAAACGGCGCUAGCAUGGAGCCUUGAUGAGUUCGGCGAGGGUCUAUCGCAUAAUUGGAGAGUGCCGGAAGAAGUUGUCUCUGCUGCGAAGUAUAGCACUGAUGCGAUGCUGAGCGAAAAUGCGGCUUUUGGAAGAAUGCAAAUUCUGCCGAGAGGUCAACAGAUAAAGACGCUAGUUUCGGGUGAAUUGAGAGGAAGGGUAGUGAGGAGGGCGCAAGAGAGGAGAAGAGAGGAUGGGUUUGUGUUGCAUCAGAGAUUAGUUAGAUGGAGUGCUCAGGUGUAUGCUGUUUGGGAUGAUCUGAAGGAUCUUCUUGACGUGCAUGGUGAAGAUGGGGAAGCCAGUGAAGAAAGGCAGAGAAGGUGGAGUAGAAUAGUGGAAGAUCUGAGAGAAGUGACAGUUCCGCCCACCACUGUGGACAUUACUGAGUGGAUGCAGCUCAUCUCAAGCCCUUCCUCACAGAGCCGCUUUCUGACGGAGACAUCAGUAGCGCAGACGCAUGAUGAAGCACAGCGUGAAGAAUUGGAUAUGCUGGAGCCGCUCUCACUAGCAGAGCUAUCUCAGCUUCGCUCCGACUCAGACCUCAGCGAGACGCUCUUCAACGCCUUCGAGGGUGGAAAUAUGGAGUCACAGAUCGCGAGAACGCGGUCAGUCCUGCGUGCAAAGCUAUCUACUUUGCAUCGGAUGACUCUGCUCUCUGUCCCACACCUUGCUUCCGCUCGCAAUGAGGACGAUGCUAGUAAAGAGAAUCCUCUUUCUCACGUAGGUCAAAGACACAACCCCGUUCAACAAUGGAGAGCUCUUCCAGACCCUACAGAAGACAGAGCCGAGUUCAGAAAUGUCGAAGUCGCGAUGCUACAUGACAAGAUCGACAAGCUCACAGCUAAGCUGGACGCCUUCAUCGGGGCCCAGACUCGCUCCUCGACAACAAGGUCACUCUCAGCGUCGACAAACGAUCAUAAGCCUGAAGCUGCAACAAGUGAUAGCGUUAGCGUCCACCGACCGGCAGACCCAAUCGUUGGCGUACAGCCUGCUGCUAGCGCAUUCAUCGACAAGCACCCCUCACUCGCUCAACCUUCCCCGACUGCAACAUCACUGCAAACGAUCGAAACAAAACCUUCGCUGGUCAUCAUACUCAUCUCCAUCGCACUGUUCUUCGCACUCAUUCAGUACCAGCAUUGA